UUUGUACGAGUUAUAAAUUUAACUGUUCAACGUUUUAGUCGCUGUUAAAUAUCGGCCGUGAUUGCGAGUAGUUUAAAUUAUAUUUUAAUAUACAACAAAUAAUGACGCGAUCCCUUUGCUUGCUGCUACUGUUGAUUGUCGCCAGUAAUACUUUCCCCGCCAACGCACAACAAGUGCACACCGAAGAUGGUGUUUUAGUGUUGACUACAAAUAAUUUCAAGCGCGUCUUAGAUGACAAUGAAUUUGUUUUGGUGAAUUUCUACGCACCCUGGUGUGGUGCUUCACAAGCGCUUGCACCUGAGUUUGCUAAAGCUGCACAGCUAUUGGCAAGCCGACAAUCGCCUGUGAAAUUGGCUAAGGUCGAUGCAACAGCUGAGCCGUAUUUGGAUGAACAGUUCCGUUUGCGUCAAUACCCGACGUUGAAAUUCUUCCGCAACGGUGUGUUCUAUGAAUACAACAGUGGUCAUCAGGCGUACGAUAUUAUUUCCUGGCUUAACGAAUUUGAAUGAGCAGUAGAAUUGUUUAUUCAUGUACAACUAACUAAUAAAGGCAAUUUUGAAAUUUUGUAAAAUAAAAA